AUGAGUGUUGCUUCUUCUCUCCCGAGGAGACGCGAUUCUAUGCCAUUUUCCCGUAUCAAUCUCAACUCAAGCCCUAUCAAUUUCCCACCUGCUCCGUUUCAAAAUCCUCCUCGUACUCAUUUUCCUAAUCAUGUAACGAGGUCCCGAAACGUGGGUUAUCAUGCGGCUCCUGCGGUUGAGACGCCAACUUUUCAGUUCAUGCCCAUGACCAAUACCAACAACAUCAACUUUGUUAUUGGUCAGCCGCGAUUUGAACCGCAGCCGCUUCAACCGAACCUUCAGCCGUUUCAGCCGCAGCCUCAGCCUCAGCCUCAAGUGCAUGUCGUGGAUGCCGAAAUGUCAGUGGAGGAUGAUGUUCGUACUUUACCGCUCAUUCAGCAGUUGGAGCGAGAGUGGCCGGGGAUUGCUGUCAUGGAAGAUAACGAAGAGGAAGAUUUAAUGGAUCUUAAGUUAAAACUUUGA